AUGAUCUCAACACAAGUUAAUACUAUGAGUUCCAAGAAGGAUAUCCCUACUCAAUCCAAGGCCAAUGGUCCUAAAGGUAUUACGUUCUCAGGAGAAACUUUUAUAGUUCCUGAAACUCAUGAUAUGGUUAAAACACUAUUUGAUCCAACUAUUCGUAAAUCAAAUUUUGAAAUUAUAAUCUUAACAUGUUUGUUUUCUAAUUUAUUGGUAUUUUUAAUUCCUAAUAAUCAAUUUAGAAUUAAAAUAUUUAUUUCGUUUUAUAUACUUUGGAGAUUAUCUUAUAAUUUUGGAAUUGGUUGGUUAUUACGUAAUCAAUCAAAUUCCAAUCGUUUAGUUGGUUGGGCUAAAGAUUUGAAUUUAUUCGAUAAAUCAAAUGAUCAAUUCUUAGCUAAAUUUGUUCAAAGUGAAGUUCAAUCUCAAAGAGGUAAGGAUUAUAAGAUUAAUUCUUUACCUGUUGAAUUUAAUACUUGGUUAAUCUUUAGAAAAUUUGUUGAUUUAAUCUUAAUGUCAGAUUUUGUCACUUUUGUGUGUGUUGUAAUUACUUGUGCAAUUGAUGACAAUUUCCAAUUUAUUCAUAAUCAACCAAAUUGGGUGAUUUAUUCAAGAAUUAUAGGUGGGUUCGGAUUGAUUUUAUUCAAUUUAUGGGUUAAGGUAAAUGCUCAUAAUACAAUUAAAGAUUAUGCUUGGUAUUGGGGUGAUUUCUUCUUCCGUCAAAUCAAUAAUGAAGAAUUGAUCUUUGAUGGUGUUUUUGAAAUGGUUCCUCAUCCAAUGUAUUCAGUCGGUUAUAUUGGAUACUAUGGAUUUGCAUUAAUUGCAAAAUCUUAUACAGUUUUAGCAAUUGCUAUUUUUGGACAUUUCUUACAAAUGGUGUUUUUAUAUUAUAUCGAAAACCCUCAUAUUGAUAAGAUUUAUGGUCCUUCCAAGAAUGAAAUUAACUUGAUUAAAAUCUUAAAAUUGAAAGAUUUAAAGAAUUUCGAUAAUUUAAAACCAUUGGUUGGAUUAUAUAAUUUCAAUUGGUUAAGAGCAAGCGAUGUUGUCAAUUUGAUCUUAGUUGGUACUUAUGGUGUCAUAAUCCCAGUCUUAUCUAAAUCAGUAACCAAUUUGUUUGUAUUGACUAUUGCCAUGAAAUUAUUUGAAUCUUUCUCAAUUAAUAUUUUAUUAGUUUUACAAAGUCAUUCCAAACAUUUCACAAAAUGGUGUCUUGCAAAUGAUAUUCCAGUUGAAAAAUCAUUAAAUAAUUGGGCAAUCAUGUAUAAUUCAUUAAUUAAUGUGACUUAUUCUUCAUUAUUCGGAUUAAACUUGGUUUAUUAUUUGGAUCCAGUUCAACAUAAAUUAUUAUUCAAUGAUUGGUUUUAUUUAAGAAUUUUGUUAGGUAUCACCUUAAUGCUUACUCAAACUUGGAUUAACGCUUCCAUUAUUGAUCUGAUUGGUUAUUUCGGUUGGUUUUAUGGAGAUUUCUUCAUUCCAAAAUCUCAAAGUAUUUCCCCACGUUUAACUAAAGCUGGUGUUUAUCGUUAUUUGAAUAAUCCAGAACAAAUUUUCGGUGUAUGUGGUGUUAUGGGAUUAUUUAUCCUUAGUCCAACGGUAGAAAAUAUGGUUUGUUGUAUUAUUUGGGUGGCUAAUAACUUUAUCAGAAUUAAUUUCAUUGAAAAAGUUCAUAUGAUUAAAGUAUAUGGUGAACUGGAAGUAUUGAAAGAUUCAGGUGUCGUCAAGACUUUUAAGAAACACUUGAUUCCAGAAUCUCUUCAAAGAAGAUUAAGUAAUGAUACCACUAAUGGUGAAGCUGAUGGUAUAUCAAGAAAAAGAUCUAAAAGUGGUACUUCACUUGCUGAUUCAUUAGAUAAUUUCAUUAGAGACUUAAAGAAUUCUACCACUAAAUUAUCUCAACAGAAAUUGAUUGAAUUAUCUCAGAAUUUAACAUUUGCUAAUUCUGAUUAUAAAUUGACCAUUAAGGGUUUACAAACUGAUAAGUCCAAAGCUUAUUUGCCGAAGUAUACUUAUGUUGGUGCUCCAAUCACCGUUACUUGGCAUGCACCAAGAGCUGUUCAUUCAACUGGAGAUUGGAUUGGUUUGUAUAAAGUCGUUCAUACUUCUUAUUCCAGAAAUAAGACUCUAAUUUCAUCUUCAGGUAGAUGGACCCAUUGUAAUGAACCAAAGGGUAGUUUUACAUUUGACAAGAAGAGAUUAUUCUGGGAAGAUGGUGUUUAUGAAUUUAGAUAUCAUUUAGCAGGUAAACAUGAUGUUACUUAUGUUUCUGAACCUUUUGAAAUCAAAUGGCCAAAGAUUCAAGCCCCAUUAGAUAAAUCUGAAGUUGAUUCAUUUAGUCAAACUUUAAAGGAAGAAAUAUUUGAUAAAUUAUUAGAAGUUGAAGAUGUUAAUACUCCACUUAUUCAUCUGCUUAAAGAUGAUGAUAUAGUUAAGACAUAUAAUUUAUUGAGUGAUUUGAUUUCCAAUAUUUGUGAAGUUAAGAUUAGUUCUAAAGCAUUUUUAAAUCAUGAUGAUUUGACAAUUAGAGAUGUUGCUUAUAAGAUCAUAAACAUUAAACAAGUAUUGGAAGAAUUAUCUCACAAUAAUAAUGAUGAUAUGAUUGAAAAGAAGGAUAUUUAG